AAAAGCUGAAACUAAAUAGUUUUCAAAAGUAUUUUGGCCUGCAAUAGCACAGCAGCACAACGAGCUGCUACAGGAAAUUGGAAAAAUUAAAACAUUAAACUCCUGUGACCAAUUACUUCAAAAGCAAGAGGAAUGUUUGUAUUUUUUGUAGAUUUUUUUCUAUGUCGGAACCAACAGGCAUACAAUUCAGGAUCUGCAACCUAAUGUCAAUAACAGUUGUUUAGAUAAAAGUUUUUAAGAUGGAUAUGUCUAUGAAAAGUCUCUUUAAUACUGAUAUAGAUGUAGUAAAACGUCUCUUUGUGUGCACAGCAUCAAGGGCUCCUCCCUCAACUAUAGUGGCUUGAGAUGAUGGGGAAACAAAACUAAAGACAGGCUUCAGAAGGUUUACUAUAAACAUCUUGCACAAUGUCAUACAGCCCUCUCCCACAAAAAUAACACAAACACAGUGUCAUCAUCUCCAUCCUCUAUUAUGACAUAUGGGACCUUUCCAACUCAAAUGUAGACGUGUGAGCUCCAACCUUUUUUUAUCUUCACGCUGCAUUAGCAGAUUUUGUCAAUUCAGCAAUGAAGAAGCGUUUGAUACAAAUAUUUGGGUUCUUGAUCUCUUCUUUGGGAUGGCUGUUCAUUCUGUGCACCAUGGCAAUGGACUACUGGAGGAUCAGCCAGAUCGGAGGAGAAGGUGGUUCCUUCAUAAUCAAGGUGGCCUGGCACUGGUCCAACCUGUGGAAGGACUGUUUGACCGACUCCACUGCCGUCACCAACUGUAGAGACUACGGGGUCCUCUGGAGUGUCUUGUAUUACGUCCAGGCAGUUCGGGGGUUGCUAAUGUGCGGCUUGACGAUUGGAUUCUUUGCAGUCGUGUGUUGCUUUAUUGGGAUGGAGUGCACUUAUAUUGGUGGCCCGGAACCAACCAAAGACAAGCUGGUCUUUUCCGGAGCCGUUUUUCAUUUUGUUGGUGGUGUGUCAAAUCUUGUUGCCUACUGCUUAUACAUCAACAGAGUUGCCAGAACAGCUUUUGCUACCAAUUUACCAGCGGGACAAUUACGAUAUGAUUUAGGACCACCCAUAUUUCUGGGUUUGGUGGGAUGUUUUUUAAUUUAUCUUGGGGCUGUUCUGUAUGCUGUGACGGUCAUCAAAGUAAUCUACCCUGAUAGAAAAGUGAUGGAGGUAUAUGGCAGACCAACAUACAUGCCCUCAUCCUACAAAGGAAGAAGUUUGUACACAGGAUACUACGAACCCUCGCGACUCUAUGGGUCUUACGCCUCAGGACGAUCAAGCAUCAAGAUCUCAAGGCUGUCUCAUGCUACACCAAAACUGUCAGAAAGAGAUGCAUUUGUGUAGUACCGAAACUCUUUCAAGACUUGCAAAGUUCUGCAGCAGGGUUGUAAGAAAGUGUAUAAUGUCUAACUAAACUGAAUGCAGUAAUUUUGUAGUAUUUUCUAUCGUUACUAUGUUUUUCGUCACUGCUUUUUGUCACUUAGCCAAUUGGUGUUUAGGUGCUAAUAAAGGCAAAACCUGAGUUUUUGGAUUUCACCAUUUUUAAACAAUUCAUAUGACACCAAGUAAGGGUUGUUGUGAAAUUGAUGUGAAAAUGAUCAAAUAUCUUUCAACUUGUAAGUCUGAGGUCGUGUCUUUUUAAUUGGAGAAAUGAGGUGCGCUCACUUUAGUCUCUCCCUCAAGCAAAGGUUCAAGUAUCUCAGUGUUUUGCUCAUGAAAUGCCAAUAGGUUAGAGAAGAAGAUUCAUGGACAGAUUGGGUCCUGUUCUGCAGCAAAGUGGGUAAUUUUCCAAGCUAUCAGGGUGGAGUCAAAAAUUAAAACUUUCUAUUUUUACCCAAUCUCUAAUCUUCAGCUUUGACCGUGAAUUAUGAGAGAUAAAUGGAUGGAUGGGAAAACAGUGGGGAAUUUGAAGAAACUGAUCCACAUGCUCAGGGACAUUUCUGAGAAACCAUGAACAAACACAGCAUGCAGAAGCCUCUAAAAUAACAGCACCUAAUUUAUGCAAAUACACACAAAACUAAAAUAAACAGGACACAAAUCCCUUAGAGAAACUAAUGCAAAAGAUGUGAAUCAGUGCAAAAAGGACAAGUGUAAGUAUAAACUAAAUAAUUAACAUGCUACUUUUUUCAUCAUAGUAAACAUUUUUCUGAAUAACAAAGAUAUCAAAUCAGAUAUUGACCAAUAAAAUGUGUUGACCAUUUUGCAAAACGAAAACAAGAAAAAGCACUUCUAGUGUUAAAAAUCUGAAACCCAUCUUUAAACAAAAAAGGAAGGCAUUUUGCUCUGUCUUGUCAGUUUUGAAACAAACAAGUGAGCAUUAAGAAUAUUUUGUGCCCUUUUUAUUUGAGUAUCUUUUCAAUUAUGACAUUUUCAUAUAAAGGUUGGACAGCUUUUCUGGAGAGAAAUCAACUGUCCUUCAUAUGAAAAGCAUCAACAGUAUGUUAUUAGCUCAUGUUCUGUGUUUGCCAAGUUGUGCUGUUUUUAUCGUGUUUACUCUUAAUAUUGUGAUUUCAAGCAGCCAUUAUGAGUAUCACUUUUUCUGGAUAAGCUGUUUUUGUUAAUAUGAGCAGUAUAAUAAAAACAUUCUGUUGACUUUCA